CGCUAAAAAUUUGGCGGCACCAAAACCGCUGCUAAACUCAGCCCCGUUCUUUUACCUCAACCGCCUUUUUAUUCCCCGCCCCCCCCCCUCUUCCUAGAUUUCAGUAACCUCCGACUCCUUAGAUUCAGCUCUCCAGAAUCACAAUCACUUUACACUCCCAAGAUUUUCUUGUGUCGAUAUUGAGAUGGAAACUUCUCAGACUACAUCGUCUAUCCCUAGCCUUUUGUGCGAAGAAGAUGAAUCUUGCUUCACUCUGAACAACGAAAGUGAUGAAACCUUGUGCCAAUGUUGUAUUGUUGAGUAUGAUGAUGAGUACAUUGAAAUGCUGAUUCACAAGGAAUCUGAUUUACAGUCAAAUACCAAUAAAUCUCUUUGCAAUAGUUCAAUCGACGAGACUGACGAACAGAGUUGGUCGAAACGUGCCCGCUUAGAUGCUGUCCAAUGGAUUCUUGAUACCAGAGCUUUAUUUGGACUUCACUUCCAGACGGCCUAUCUGUCACUGAUAUACUUCGACGGGUUCUUUUCUAAGCGAUCCGUUGAGGAUGGGAAAUUAUGGGCUAUUCGGUUGUUGUCCAUUGCAUGUUUAUCUUUGGCUGCGAAGAUGGAGGAGUAUAAAGCGCCGGCAUUAUCUGACUAUCACAUAGAUGAAUGUAAUUUUGAAGGCCGCCUGAUUCAGAAAAUGGAACUGUUGGUUUUGGAUGCUUUGGAGUGGAAAAUGAAUGUACUCACCCCUUUUCUUUACUUUCGAUACUUCAUAGCCAAGUUUUAUGGUGAGUCAAGACCGAAAGGGCUAAUGUCAAGAGCCAUCGAACUCACAUUGGCUAUGCUAAAAGAUAUUAGUUUAGUAAAAUAUCCACCAUCCAUGAUUGCUGCUGUGGCUGUUUUAGCAGCCUGCGAUUCUCAGUUGACAAUGAAGAUGUUGGAGUUCAAGCUGAGCAUAAUCUCAUCAUGGGGUUCUUCACAUAAAGACAAUGUACUCUUAUGCUACAAUCUAAUGCGGGAAAUUCAGAAGGCUAAGUCCAACACCCCAAAUCUGCAGAGUCCCCUGAGUUUAUCGUUAAAGCAAUCAAGCUCACGUGAUUGUCGGGAAAGUAGUUGCAUAAUUGGCACCAAAAGGAGGCUUACAUACCCCGACAGUGAUCAACAUCAACCUUCGCAGAGGACUCGUCGAUCUCCAUAGGAAGAUCAAUCACCUUGCCAGAUUCCCAAUUGCUACUAAUUAGUUACAAGCGAUGAUUUGGUGUGCAUUGGAUUUGAUGGCAGAUUCCAGUUUCCAAUAUGAACCAGAAGUUUCUGCCUCUUAGACAAGUGCAAAAAUACCAAUGAAGAAAGAGAAGCACAUACUAUUAAGAAGCUGACUUCAGUUUGAAGAGACAAACGAUGGCCAAAUAGGAUGUCCACAAGGUUGCUGGAGAGGUGGAGACUGUAGUAGUGCUUGCUAUAGUGGUAUCGGCCAUCAUAAAUGAAAAAAAAAAAAUGUGCUAGUGCCGCCCUGUUAACUUUUUUUCAGUUUGCAAAUUGUUCUCAUUGUUUAGAUCUUUGCUUUUUGUUUUGAUGGGAAAAACCCAUUCGCCCAGUCUUGGGAUGCUUCCUCUGUUCCCUCCAAAAGGCUA